UUAUAUCAAGUCUCACAGCAACGCCAGACCCAGAGAUCCUAUAGCGAGCCAGAGAGCCAGACCCGCGGUGAGUUUGUAAGAGGCUGUACGAUGGGUGACUGUCUGUAUGAGAUGGAGAAUAGCAGCGAGCUGAUAAUUGCUCCUUGUGGCAACGAGAGCCAGGAAUGCGAUUACACCGACUGGCGGCAUUCUGCCUCGGUGGUCCCGGUGCUCUACAUGCUGGUCUUUGUGUUCGGGCUGUCGGGGAACGGAGUGGUGAUCUGCACGGUGUGGAGGUCCCGCACCAAGAGGAGGUCGGCAGAUACUUACAUUGGGAACCUGGCGCUGGCCGACCUGGCCUUCGUGGUGACCCUACCUCUGUGGGCGGUGUACGCGGCGCUGGACUACCACUGGCCUUUCGGCUGGUUGCUCUGCAAGCUCAGCUCCUACCUGGUGAUGAUCAACAUGUACGCCAGCGUCUUCUGUCUGACCUGCCUGAGCUUUGACCGCUACCUAGCCAUCGUCCACUCCCUGUCCAGCAACAAACUGCGCUCCAGCCGCACCACGCUGCUCUCCCUGUCCCUCAUCUGGUUCACGGCCGGACUGCUGGCUCUACCGGCCUUGGUCUUGAGGCAGACCCACGAGAAGGACAACGUGACCGUGUGCGCCAUGGACUACUCCUGGGUGGCCACCGAGGACACCGAGCAUUUCUGGGUGGGAGGGCUCAGCCUGUUCGCCAGCACCGUGGGCUUCAUCCUACCCUUCCUACUGAUGUCCACCUUCUACUGCGCCAUCGCCAACACGGUGACCAGGCACUUCCAGAACGUCAAGAAGGAAGAACAGAAGAAGAAACGCCUGCUGAAGAUCAUCAGCGCCCUGGUGUUGGUUUUCGCAGCCUGCUGGCUCCCCUUCCACGUUAUCAAGACCAUAGACGCCUUGAUCUGGCUGGAACUCGUCUCCAUCCAGUGCUCGGCCGACGUGUUUCUCCACCUGACGCAUCCUUACGCCACUUGCCUCGCCUACAUCAACAGCUGCCUCAACCCGUUCCUCUACGCCUUCUUCGACCAGCGUUUCCGAGCCCAGUGUAUGUCCGUGCUGCGCUGCUCCAGCGCUCCCAAGUGGAUCCCACCCGGCUGGUACUUCCCCUGAACCGCAAGAUGUGAGGGGUGGGAGUGCAGAACUGUGCCCUUGACUGAAGAAACGACUGUUUGGGUAAACAAGUAUAUUUAUUUUUUGCUUCUGGCUACAGCGAACACCCUCCAUGGAAAGCUGAGAUAUAUUUUAUAAAUAUAGCCCGCUUCAUUUGCUACUUUUUUUUUUCUAAUUUAGUAAAUGUUUUGAUAAUGAUCAUAAAGGCUGGGAAAAACCCCGGAAACCUCGGAACUUAUUUCACUGUGUAUUUUUUAACUCGUUUAAGAUAAAUCAGGGAUCUAACCGUAAAGAGAGUUGCUAAAUGGAUGUGCUAAUUAACAUAAUUAAUGUGACCCAUUGCUCGCUAUCUAUUUUUUCUUGUGUAAUAUCGAGUCGAUUUAUUUCCUAAAGGACACUUGUUGUCCGGCAAAUUCACAUCUAAUAGUCUCUCUGAUGCCGAGUACAGUCAGCCGACACCAUGAUGUUAACGUUGGGAUUAAAGCGGAGAAGUAGAAAAAUGAUUUGGGAUUUAGUGACAUUUUACACCGAAUUCUCCAUUAUCCUUUGGCUCGUGUAAGAAUGUAGAUGUAAAUGUGCGGUCACUAUGGAAGGAGUGAACACAACACUCUGUGUUCAACAACGCAGGUGUUAGGCUGGGUUAUGAGCACACGUGCAGUUCUAGUAAGCAAAUUAUGCAAUCAAACCUAACAAAGGAGACAGCUUCUGCUUUUCAUGUUUAGAAUCUGUUUAGUCCCCCUCCCGCCAACCUAAAGAGAGAAAAUAGGUGCAGAAGUAGGCCAUUCGACCCUUCAAGCCAGCACCGCCAUUCAAUAUGAUCAUGGCUGAUCAUCCAAAAUCAGUACCCCGUUCCUGCUUUCUCCCCAUAUCCCUUGAUUCCAUUAGCCCUAAGAGCUCUAUCUAACUCUCUCUUGAAUACAUCGCUUGAAUACAUACUCUCUUGAAUAAACAUCUUGAAUAACACAAUUUUGCUGAAGAUUCCAGCACCUGCAGUUCCUUGUGUCUCACUCUAUACUUGCCCGGCCUGCCACACGAUGGGCCGAACGGCCACCUGAGCUGCAGUGAGUAUGUCUCCAGAAUGAGACACCAUCUCGCCAGUGCCUUGCACCCCUUUAGUACCUCGCCUAUGCUUCAAGUUACAAGCUGAAAUUAAAAAAAAAAAAAAGAUGCUGGAAACGUGAGCCUGGUAAAAUAGGAAAGAGACUGUGUGUUUUAAUAAUCUUGGUGGAGACCAGGGGCAGAUUUGACGGAGUGGCUAACAGCAAGGAUGUUCUGUGGUCACUCUGUUACGCUUGCAUAUUGCAAAGAGGCAGCUAAUUCGUUUAUUAACAUGAUAUUGUACCAAUGGAACUGGAUCAUCUUUUGAAUUGGUUAAGUCCCACCCAAUUGGUUAAGCACCAGGUUACUCGUUAUGCAAACAAUAUUAGUCUUCACCAAUCUGCCAUGCUGUGUACACUUUGAGAGUGUACCAACAUGAUUCUUCUUGGGGGCGAGGUUAAAGCAGCUUAACUGUUGCCUGCUUUUCUGGAUUAGGUACCCGAGUAUGUAUGUGGCUGGAGAGAAUGUACACCCCGACAGUAGACAAGACACAAUUUGCCCAUAUUUAACAAUUGCAAGAGCUUUCCGAACAUAUCGAAGACCCUACUAACUUGCACAAUUAACCGCUAAUUUGUAAGCAUCAAUGCACAUAUUUUUGGUCAGAACUAUUAAGGGGUUCUUUUGGCUUUUUUUUGUUCUUUUGUUUUAAUGAGAUGAUAAACGGCUUUCAUUUUGUAAAGGCCGCUGGUGUUUUUGCUAUAAUGUUCUGUUAUUGUUCUGUAAGAAAGAACUUGACAUGUUUGGUUUAAUUAUGAGUGGAGAAGGAGUUUUGACUUGUUUUGUCAACUCCAAGUGCUGUAAAUUGUAUGUGACUUGGUGCAUUCAUUUGAGAAGCACCAGUGAAACACUGGAGAUUUCAUUUGCCAUAAUAUUUGAUGUGGCUACAUGUAACUUUUGAAUU